UGUGACAGAGGGGGGGGCCUGUAGGGCGCGUGCAGGGCGCGAGGGAGUUGCUGGGGCUGGUGCGGAGUCAGCUCGGUGGAGGUGAUCCCUGUGACUCCUCGGCAAGGUGCAAAGUAGCACACCCCACCCCCCUUACCGUGCUGCUGUCUUGCUGGUGCACAGCUACCCGGAAAUGCACAUUUGCACUUUUUGUCCUGGGAACAUGUUACUGUUUGUGUGAGCUGACCCGGCCUUUCCUCUACCGUAGCCCCAGCCGUCACUGUGACUUACCCGCAGCCUCAAAAAAAGAAACAAACCGUAACAACGUUGAGGGGCGGCAUCAUUAGUAAGGCACUUUUAGGGUAACUUCUGGAUUCUUCUUAGGAAUUCACAAGUGUUGUAGUAGAGGAAAAGUGUGCGUGCACACUCAUCGGACUCCAGUUUUCCCAUUCCCCCCUUGGAGUCCAGAGCUUUGAGAUGGAAGAACAGAAUAGUUUUGGAUUUGAAGCCAUGUGUGACAGUGUUAUAUUAACUAUAUAUAUGUAGCUCCUGCCUAUUCUUUAUUAUUAAUAAACAUUGUGGGAUUCACCUAGAAUUAUUUUCCUUCUGUUCUAAAUUAAAUCAUGAGUAUUGCAGCUAAGAUCAUGAGUAUUGUGGUUACGGAUAAGUAGCUCAAGUUAGAUAAAGUUUUUUUGUUUUAAUAGCCAGUGGCUGGAUAUAAACUUAUGUUGUUAGUGCAUUUACUGUUCUGCACCACUCUUUGCAAACAGCUUGAUAGAUUCUUUUUGGCCUGAGAUCCCCUGGAAAUGGGUGUAUCUUUCUACAUAUUUUUAAGUCUAGAAGAUGCACCUGAUGGAGGACUUUCUGAGGAAUAUUUUUGACAAAGUGUUUUUGAAAGGUGAACUACAAAAUACAUUAUUUAAAGUUCUUGGAAGAGGAGCCUGAAAGGAAAUAGAAUGGAUGAUGACGUUCCCCUCAUUCUCACUUUGGAUGAGAGUGGAAUCAACACUUCAACACCCAACGAGCACCUGGAUCGGGAGGACCUGCCUAAUGAAAAUGGAGACAGCUAUGACCUUGUUAACGAUGUGUCUAGCCCAGCAACAGGGGACUACCAUUCUCAGCAAAGAUCUGCCAGACACAACUGGGAAAUGAACUACCAAGAGGCAGCAAUCUACCUCCAGGAAGGAGAAAACAAUGAUAAAUUCCUCACCCACCCCAAGAAUGCCAAAGCGCUGGCUGCCUACCUCUUUGUACACAAUCACCUUUUCUACCUAAUGGAGCUGACCACGGCACUGCUGCUCCUGCUGCUGUCCCUCUGCGAGGCCCCUGCUGUCCCCAUUCUUCGCCUUGGCAUCUAUAUCCACGCCACUCUGGAGCUCUUUGCAUUAGUGGUUGUGGUCUUUGAACUUUCUAUGAAGAUGAGAUGGAUGGGCUUCUACACCUAUAUCAGACACAAAAGAACCAUGGUUAAGACCUGUGUGCUGUUAGUGCAGUUUGUAGAAGCAAUAGUGGUUUUGGUGCGUCAGACCUCGCACGUCAGGAUAACAAGAGCUUUGCGGUGUAUCUUCUUGGUGGACUGUCGCUACUGUGGAGCGGUCAGAAGAAAUCUGCGGCAGAUCUUCCAGUCUCUCCCUCCCUUCAUUGACAUCCUCCUCCUCCUUCUUUUCUUCAUGGUGAUCUUUGCCAUCCUAGGUUUUUAUCUGUUUUCCUCUAACCACUCAGAUCCUUAUUUCAGUACCUUAGAGAACAGCCUUGUGAAUCUCUUCGUUCUUCUGACCACUUCAAAUUUCCCUGACGUGAUGAUGCCAUCUUACUCCCAGAACCCCUGGUCCUGUGUCUUCUUCAUAGUAUACCUCUCCAUUGAGCUCUACUUCAUUAUGAAUUUGCUUCUUGCUGUGGUGUUUGACACUUUCAGUGAUAUUGAAAAGAGGAAGUUCAAGUCCCUGCUGCUGCACAAACGCACAGCCAUACAACAUGCCUACCGCCUACUUGUCAGCAAGCAGAGACCAUCUGGUAUCUCCUUCAAGCAGUUUGAAGGGCUCAUGCGGUUUUAUACGCCUCGGAUGUGCGCCAGAGAGCGUUAUCUCACUUUCAAAGCACUGAAUCAAAGCAAUACAGCUUUAGUCAGCCUACAGGAUUUCUACAAUUUCUAUGAAGUUGUUGGCUUAAAAUGGAAGACAAAACGAAACCGCGAGCACUGGUUUGAUGACCUUCCACGGACAGCGUUUCUUAUAUUUAAAGGCAUUAACAUUCUGGUGAAGUCCCGAGCAUUCCAGUAUGCCAUGUAUACUGUGGUAGCUGUGAAUGGGAUCUGGAUUCUAAUUCAAACCUUCAUGCUGCAAGGUGGGAACUUCUUCCCCAGAGAUGUCCCGUGGAGUUAUAUUGUCUUCCUCACGAUCUAUGGGGUAGAGCUGCUCCUGAAAACCACUGGCCUGGGACCCAUUGAGUAUCUGUCUUCUGGAUGGAAUCUCUUUGAUUUUUCAGUCACCUUGUUUGCAUUUCUGGGUCUCCUGGCGCUGGCAUUUAACAUGGAACCAUUCUACUUCAUCGUUGUCCUGCGACCCCUUCAACUGCUGAGGCUCUUUAAAUUGAAGAAGCGCUACAGGAAUGUCCUGGACACAAUGUUUGAGUUAUUCCCUAGGAUGGCAAGCCUGGGCUUAACCCUACUUAUCUUCUACUACUCCUUCGCCAUUGUCGGCAUGGAAUUCUUCUCUGGGGUUGUCUACCCAAACUGCUGCAACACGAGUACAGUUGCAGAUGCCUAUCGCUGGGUGAAUCACACGGUUGGAAACAAGACAGUGGUGGAAGAAGGUUACUAUUAUCUCAACAACUUUGACAACAUUUUGAACAGCUUUGUUACGCUGUUUGAGUUGACAGUUGUCAAUGAUUGGUACAUCAUCAUGGAAGGGGUGACCUCACAAACCUCUCACUGGAGCCGCCUCUACUUCAUGAUCUUCUAUAUUGUGACCAUGGUGGUGAUGACGAUCAUUGUGGCCUUUAUACUGGAGGCUUUUGUGUUCCGCAUGAACUACACCCGAAAGAACCAAGGUUCAGAAGAAGACAAUGGCAUUGUCCUGGAGAAGGAGAUCUCCAAGGAGGAAAUGGCAGGUGUAAUUGAGCUCUUCAGACGGAAUUGUGCUGCCUCUGAAACUGCUCCGCUGCAGAAGGUCGUUGCACAAAUGGACAAAUAUGAGCAAACAUCGAUGCUGUUUCUGGGACGGAGAUCAAGGACCAAAAGUGACUUAAGUAUGAAAAUGUACGAGGAGGAGAUACAGGAGUGGUAUGAAGAGCAUUCCAGAAAAGAAGAAUAUCAGGGGCAAGAAGAUGUCUUCCCAUCCGGCAACCCCAUGCCAUCCUCGGGCCUCAGGCAGCGCUCACAGACAGUUAUCUAGGCCAAGCUAAUGCAAACCAUCUUUCUAUGCAAUAACCCCAUAGUAUUAUUUUAUAAUGUAUAUAGAUAUAUUCAGUAUAUCAAUCAAAUUUGGAGUUUAAACAUCUCUUCCCCUGGAACACAUCAUGAGUUGCUUUGAAUAAAUGAAAAGCAAAGACCCAGAGGACUCAAAAUAGGACUGCUGGAACCAAAAAAUAAAUAUAUAACUCUUCAGCAAGACCCUAUGCUGCAACUGUAACUAAUGAGCAUCUAGUACAGAAUACUCAGUUGUUCUUCCUGGCCUAUGCUUCCUCGACACGGGCCUACAACUAGUCUUACCAGUCGGAAACCAUGGGUGAGGGAUAUUUAAUCCUUUGGAAGAAGGAAAUAAUACUGAACCCACCUGCUAAUAUUGAAGUCCAGUACUUAAAAUAUAUUUUCUUUAACCCAUUAAUUCUUAAGUAAAAGGAUCAGGGGGCAAGUUUGUAUUUCCCUCCCCAUCUAGUAUCCAGCAAGAUGGGCUUGGAUGAGAAGUUACCACUUUAAUCUAAACCCAUUCUGCCUCUUCCUAACUACCUAGGCUUAUUGACGGUUCUAGAGACACUCCCAAGAGCGGUUUCAUUCCUGAAUAGCUCAUUCAACCUCUUAAAUCUGUUCUUUGGAGGAAGGCUGUUGGACUGAGCUCCAGUAAUUCUGUGGAUCCUUACUAAAAGUUAUGAGACUUGACAGAGUUCGGGAGCAAUGCCCUUGCUGAAGCGAUCAGAGUUCAAUACUGAUGUCUGUGCUAUGCAGUAUCUGUGCUAUGCAGGCUGGGAGCCAUUUGACAAAUCCCAAAACUCCGGCGAUCUGAUGAUAGGUGAGAUGCAAAUUCCACAGGACGGUGAUUCUGAGCCUUUGCCAUUCAACCCUCCAGUUUAUAAGCGGAAGAUCUUUGCCUGGUAUGAGAAUGAGACGGGCUUCUGCAGCACAAGGUUGGUGACUGAGCUUCAUGUGGGGCUGCAUUGAGAAGUGCUGGGGAGGCAUGUGCGCAUAUGCAUGCACACCUCUGUGCAAUCACCAACUGGGUAAUGUCACCUUUGCUUUCCCAGUCAGGUUGACGUGACCUAGGGUGACCAGAUGUCCCUAUUUUAUAGGGAUGGUCCCGAUUUUUGGGUCUUUUUUUUUUAUAUAGGCUCCUAUUACCACCCACACCCUGUCCCGAUUUUUCACAUUUGCUGUUUGGUCACCCUAACAUGACCACAAGGGAACUUUUCUCCUUGUUUGCCUUCUCUCUGGCAAAAACUUUGCCAGCUCUGGGAACCACUAAUUUAGAAAUCAGGACCAGUUUGGGAAGUUUUUCUAAUGGCAGAACUGAACUUAGAGAUGUGGAAAACAACUCUUCCAUCCGCCUGCCCUUCUGUAUCAUACAUAGAGGCAGCCUCUGUUCUCUGCUCUGUCACUAACCUGUUCUGUGACCAUGGACAAGGUCACUUAAUCUCUCAGUGCUUCUGUUUCCACACAAUGGGAGGAACGAAGCUCGCUUGCAUAAAGCACGCCAAGGUCUGUGGAUGGAAAGUGCUAAGUAUUAUAAAAGCAUGUAGUCACGGCACAUGUGCAUUGGCAGAUCAAAGGAGAGGUUGCCAUGGCAUCUUACCUUUGAAAUUUGCUGUCACCAAUGGGUGUGCCCCUCUAAAUGAAGGUGAGAGCUUUUGGGAAUCCUGUUGGCAAUCUGCACUCCAAAACUAUUGCAUAGGAGACUGCCUCCCUCCUAAACAGACAGCAUUAAUCCUAAGGUAAUACCCCCUUGUCCUUGGAGUUAUAGACCCACUGUGAAGGACCAUAUUGCACUAGAGAAGGGAAGGGAAAGAGUUUCUACAGCUGGCUGCACUGUUCAUUUAGGAGCUGCUUUGUCAUUCCCAUUAUGGCCUGUGGUGAGAUUUUUCAAAAGCAUCUUAGUCUUAAGAGCCCAGUUCCCGAUGAUUUAAGUCUCACAUGCUUUUGACAGCCUCCCCCUUGAUGGGAGUGGUUCAGAGAGGUCUGACUAAGUGAAGGAGAUGGUAGUCACCAUGCCUGCAUCCACUGCAUGCUACUUGUCCUCACUGCUGCAUUAUGGAAUUCAUCGGAUACUCAGAUGAAACUCUCUGCUUCCUUUUUGUGUGCAAUGGGCUCCAUAGUUAUGACGUGACACCUGAGCCCUGCCGAGCUUCCCUCUUGAGAAAUGGUGGCCAUUUUCCAAAUUGUGUAUAUCACAUCCAGGACACUCCCUAAUGAGCAGCACUGGAAAGAGCACAUUUGUUGUUGCUUCUACGCAUGGAAUCCUAGCUCUGGUGUUUCACUCUACACUAAUCUCUAGAUGCUGCAAAAGCACAACUUCUAUUAGUUGCUGGCAGGAUGGAAAGCCCCAGGAUUGUAAGGGUUUAAAACAAAUGCAGCUGUUAGGGAAGUAAAAAAAGAUGAUUUUCAAAGCCAUCAUUCAGGCCUUUUUGCACUUCUGGGGGGCAGGGGGACUAUAUAAAGGGGGCAUGAACCUGCAGAACAUGGAGUGGAGUUUUCAAGAGAGCCCUCAUGUGAUGAAGGGUGCACAGGAUUGCUGAAAGACUAAAAGUCCUACUCUGCCUUCUGUGGUUUUAUUGCUGAGAUUUUGAUCUGGCCUGAAAUAUGCACUGUAUUUUUUUUUAAACUGAGGUGGUUUGUAGAGGUUACUUUUUCCAAAUGACUUAACAGUCACAAGGAAAAAAAAGUUCGAGUACGGGGAAUCCCCUUCCAAUUGUCCUCCCCAUCCCUGUCUUAGACAUUGACUUACCGUAACUACAAAGACAAUCAUUUUGUAGGGAUAAGGGAGGAAACGCUGCAGGGUUUUGUAUGCUUGUGGUUUGUUUAUAAGUAACUUUAUGGACAUAUCUGUACAACAGCAUGUAGAUUUUCUGGCACAUUAAUAAAAACAUCCUCUGCUACAUAGA